UGUUUUCAUUUUUCAAUCAUUUAACAAAAUUUUCUUGAGCAAUUAGCAUCUUAAUUAUAAUUAAAUUAUACUGAUAAAAUUUUUGCAAAGAUUUUUUAAAUUCUCCUAUUGAAUAUCACGUGCCAAAAGCGCUCUACUAAAGGAUGUGGGAAGAGCUUGCCAGCUAUAAGAAUCAUUUCCUUCAACUUGAGGUGAAGCACAUGAAAAAAGAAACGGUAAACAAUUUGGUGACCACCGCAUAUCGCCAACGUGAAUCGAAACGUUGCCAAUGUGUGUGUCGAAAUGAGGACGAAUGUGAUAGUUCCACCUAUUUUCGCGAUCACGCAGCUUUGGCAUAUGGCUUUUUAUGCGUCGAGAAGUUGCUCAAUGACAUAUGCAGUGAUGUGCCGUUGGUGAGAUGGCAAAGUAUCAACUCAUUGUCGGAGGUGUUACUCAAUCCAUGGCAAGCACAGCGGGCCAUCACGCUGUUCGAUGUGGUGAGAAAGUGUGGAAAUAUAUUUUUGCGCCUACACCAUGGCUAUCUUCAGGAGCACUAUCAUGAACGCAGACAAUUGAUGAAAAUAUUCUACAUCAUUUCGGGUUAUCUAAAUGGCGCUCAUCAGAUUGCACAUCGUACGCAUUUGGUUAACGCCUUUUACUCGAUUAUCUAUAGCCGCGGGGAGACAUCUUUGCUGGCCUGCAAGAUACUGCGUAAUUUGACAGACAAAACUGAGAUAUGUCUCUUUAUGGUGGAUGAAAGCAAAGCUUUUUACAGACUCUCACUCAUUUUUCACAACGAUCCUUGCACACCCUUCUACCCAAAUCCAUUGUGGCAGCAUCUUUGCCAUUUCUUAGAAAUCGCGCCGACGCUUGGCAUAAGCCAUGGCUAUUUUGAACUGCUGGUUGAACGUAUCGAAACGAGACGUCUCUCCUAUCACGAACUUUGCAUGAAAUGCUUUGCCAUGCUUUUGCGUUGUGAGAAGGGUCAGAAGCGCUUCGAUGAGAUUGAUGGCGUCAAAAUGCUUUACGAUAUAUUAUCGGAUGAGCAACGGAGGCUGAAUAAUUAUGAGUAUGUCGUUGUGGCGCUACUGCAUGGUUUGGUUAGUAAUCGCUCGCUAUGGCGUUGCCGGGAGUUCACCGAUCUACCGAACCGCAUUAUCGAGUUGGCUAAGUGUAAGAAUAUCAACUUGCAGUUAAUAUGUUUAAAGGUUAUUCGUCUUUUAUCGGCUAUGCCUUGUGUAAAGGCCUAUAUUCUGAGUGGCUGUAUGACAGAUUUAAUGUCCAUUAAAUGUUUGAAUGAACUGAAUGAGUGCACGCGUGAUUCGCUGGUGGAGUGGUUAAAUCGGGAGAUUUGCGAUUCCAGUGAAAUGUGAAUUAUCAACUUUUUUCUAUUAAAUUUAGUCAAAACUUUAU